CUAAAUUCUUUAUCAAUCCUGCAAUAACAAAACGUUUCUCCUACUAUUUUGACGGUGCUGUCAUGUCACUGUUAAAAUGACAAUGACAUUUCACAUUUAAAUUAAAAGAAGAACCAUGGCGUCGAUAAUUCGCCGCGGGGUUUCUUUUAUGAAAAAUUCAUAUAUAUCUUCGUCUGCUCGAACGAUUGUUACCACCAAACAGUUAAAUAUUAAAGAAUUGCGAGAGCAAAAAGAUGGUUCCAAGUUAGUUAUCGAAGGUGUUACACUGCCAUCCCUUCGAGCCCAAUUACUCGUACGUGCCCAGAACACGAAUCCUUCGCUGGUUCCUUCUGAAGGAAAUAUCGAGAAGAAACCUUGUUAUAUGUGUGCUCUAGGCCUUGAUGUGAAACACACGGAUGUGUUAAUACUAAGCCAAUUCGUGAGGUCAGACGGGUGUAUGCUUCCAAGACGUAUAACAAAAUUGUGCCGCCGUCAACAAAAGAAAAUUGGCACAAUGGUUACAAUGGCUCAAAAAGCAGGACUGAUGAUUAAUUUGACACCAGGGAAUUGUAAAAAAGACCCUAAAAAAAGAAGAGACUAUAAGAAGUUUAAUACUUACUUUGAUGAAAAAACUAUAUUUAUGAAAAGGAUUCCUGAUCAAAGUGAUAAGUUCAAACGAUAGCAAAAUGAUAUUAAAUAUUUAUUAGGUUGAACAUUUAUAGUAAUUAUUGUAUAAAUACAUAUAAGACUUUGAUAGCUUGCAGAAUUUCUGUAUAUUUCAUAUAUUGUCUUAUAUUUCUGUGCAAACUUCAUUUUAAUAAAGUAAGUCUAAACAGGUUAAAAUGUUUACAGAUUUUUUUUAUUAGAUGAUGCAAAUUUU